AUGACCGAAGGCAAGAAACUGUUCGUGGCGAAGUUGCCGCAGGACAUCCGCCCCGACGAGAUUGAAGAGGUGUUCAGCACCUAUGGACCCGUCGAAGAGGUUGUGCUCAUGGACGCUUCGCGAUCCAACAGGCCUGAUGAGCGCACCGCCUUCGUGAUCUACAAGUCCUUGGAGACGGCCAGAACGGCGGUGCAGGUGCUGAAUGAGGUGUACCGUUUCCGUGAGGAUUCUCCAGAUGCGAUUCACGUCAGCUAUGCACGCCCUCCGCGUGGUAAGGGAGAUGCUAAAGGGGAUGGCAAGGGCAAGGACAAAGGUUACGGCAGCAGCUAUAGCGACCGAGGUGGGUCGUAUGAAACUCCAAGUGGCCGCCCUGUCUACAGGGGUGAUCAAGGUACGGGCGACGGCUACGCGCGCGGUGGCUACCAAGCGCGCGACAUGGAUCCAGGGGCCGGCUAUGCACCCCGUGCCGGCCGAGAGGAGUUUCGAGGUGAGCGAGACUUCUCCAGGAAUGAGAGAGCUUAUGACAGAGGUUACGACAGCUACGGUCCUGCGAAAGGCCAUGGGCACUAUGACAGACCUGAGCGCGCAUUGGACGGCUACCGGGGAUCUGACAGAGGCUAUGCUCCGCCGGCCAAAGACUAUGAUCGCAGAGGCUAUGGAGGUUAUGAGAGAGAUGCAGGAAACUAUGCUUCAACCGCUUACCGGGAUGAUAGGGCUCCAAGGGAUGAUGCCAGACGAGGUGGAAGCCAAGCUUCUGGCUCGAAGGUAUAUGUGGGAAAUUUGCCUACAGAUAUUUCCAAAGAGGCGCUCAUUCAAGUUUUCGGCACCUACGGGCCUGUGGACGAUGUACACAUCAUGACUGGCAGGUCGAAGAGCGGCCAGGCAUCCGCCUUCGUAAGAUACUCCCGGUCCAAUGAGGCUGACAAUGCAAUCGCUGCUAUGGCCACGGGGUAUGAGAUCAAGCCUGGAGAUGGCAAUCUGGUUGUCCGUCUUGCCGAUGGCGAGGGCCCAAAGGGCGGCGGGCGCGGCGACAGAUCGCGGCCUUAUUAG